AUGAACAGGAAAACUAAUAUUUUCUUUUUGAAAACUUCAGCCAGCAGCCAGGCGCUUCAUGACGGACAGGGUGUCUCAGCUAUCGCAGCCAUGUUUGAGAGAAUCACAGAGGCCCACAUAAGUCGCUUGAUGCGGAGGAUCGAGGCUAGGUUUGACAGGACCAAGGCUAGGUUUGACAAGAUCGAGUCAUUGGUGGAGACCAACGCCCCGACACACACGCCUCAACUCCAGCAAGAUGAUGUGGUGUUGGCUAAACCAUGCAGCAUGGUGAUGGAGCUGCUGGAGUUGGAUAGGAGUCUGGAACAACCAGACAAGAGGAACAAGAUGCAACAUUUUCUUGAAACUGUCGGAGGGGCAGGUUUAGGGGCAGCCAUUCACCGUAUGCUACGCCGAGUGGCAAAUAAUGAGGUACUCGCCCAGUACAGCUUGCGGGGCAGACGGGCCAAAAUGUCCUUUGAUGACCUCAUUCUGUGCAAGAUUAUAAAGGCUGCAUGUGUCAAAAAAUUUCCCGGCCAUACGGAAGCUGAAGUGGAGGAAUGCCUUGGGCAGACUCUAAAAUUUGCACCACACAGACGAUCAGCUGGUCAGCAGCAACGGAUGGACAAUUGAAUUGUGAACAGUGAAUUUUUAUUCUUUUUUUGUGAACAGUGAUUUUUAUUCUAUUUUUUUGUGAAGUGAUUUUUUAUUCUAUUUUAUGUUUUUGUUAUUGAAUGCACAGUUACACUUUA